AUGGCCGUCGCUAGCUCCGCCCGUCGCUUCCUCGCGGGCUUCAAGGCGCUCUUCAUCUGCAGCGCCGCCGAGAUGCUCGAGCGCCUGGCGGGGCCUGGCAGCGACCUCGACAUGUUCGUCAGGGUCCUCAGUUUGGCCGCCGCUCGGACCGCCGCCAUGGAGGACGACAUGGACGUCGAUCGGGCCGCCGCCACAGAGGACUACAUGGACGUCGACGGGCGCUCGGAACCCGGUGCUCGCCACCGGAAGGAGGAGAGUGGCUGA